UUUCUUCACCUGAAGCCAAUUCUAUUUUGUUAUCUGUUCUAAAGGAGUAGUAUUUGUGUGGUUUAUCGUAGAUAACGGUUUGAAAUAACAGAAAAAGUCAUCAAUUCAAGUGUUGAAAUAGCGGAUUAUACUUUUUAGUUUGCACAAAGUUGUUUCUAAUGAAAUCAUUCUCCUAAGAAUCCAAUUUCAUAUCGAUUUGUGUCUCUUUUUUUUUGGUUAGAUUAACCACAGCCUCGGAAAAAACUCUUUUUAUACUUUCGAAUGUAGUCAUUGUACCCAAAAUCUCUUUCGAAAACAUUAACCAUUCAUUGUUUCCAGAGCUUCGGAGAACUCAACUCAGCGUCUGUUCCAAACGUAUUCAGUGAACACCAAAAUCACGUCGAAUUUCAUCAUGGCUUCGACAACAAACAAUUCGAUUGUUCAUUUUUGCAGCGGUUGUUCGAUUGAAAUGACAUUGUUCGCUGACACAGCUCCAAGUACGGAUGGUGAUUCGGUGCCGAAUUCAUUUCUGACCAAAUGCUUCCAUGUUUUGUGCCGCAAGUGCCGGAUCAAAGGUGGUCAACAAUGCGCGGUUUGCAAUGCGAAUACUCGAUACAUGGCAAUUUCACACCAAAUGCCACAACGCUUUCGCUCUUACUUCGAUCAACUGUCGCAAAUGCAAACGCAAAUGGAGAACCAGGCUAACUUUCAAAUGUCACAGGCUCGAUUGAUUGGUUCAAAAUUCAUCGCCAAACGGGAUCAGCUCAAGCAAAAGUGUGUUGAAACGAAGAAAAUGGUCAACGAUUCCAAGCAAAAAUGCCAGCGCACACAAGAUGACAAACACAAAAUGGAAAUCAUCCUCCAAACGAUUCGUGAUGACAAUCGUCGUCAAGCCGACAAACACGAACAAGAUAGCCAACCGAAGCGAUCGCAACGUGACCAAUGGCAAUUCAGCCCGAACAACACACAGUCCACCGUUCAUGGUCAUGAUAACAUGACAUCCGAACAAGCCCUCUUGGACAACUUUACUGCCUUCGGUGAUAAAUUCACCGCUCCAGUUACUUCAGCAGCACCAGUUAUGAGCUUCGGGUCGGACGACAUGUUUCAAUUCAAAUGAACUCAGCGACGAUUACCGCAUCAUUUAUUUAUGUGACAAUUGUAUCACACCGUAUCACAUACAAUAAAUAGUGUCAUUUCAAACCAGGCUACUUUAUUUACGAUUAUUCAUCAAUUUUCCGUAAAUAAGACCAAAGUGAGAUUAGCCUUAAACCACCAACUAUUCACCAAUAUUUGAAGGUAAAAUGGAUGGAGUUCAAUGCAACAUGAAAUUGAAAAAUUAAGAUAAGAAAGUUAUUCUAUUGUGAAUGUUAAAUUGAAGUAAAAGAAACAUUAUUGCAAUUUCAUGAGAAUAAAUUCAUUGAAAAGGGUUCUUUUUCUAAAAUGA